AUGUCUUCGGAGCCAGUGCCCGGCGCUGAAAGCAGCAGGAGAGGCCCGAAGCAGCCGUGCUCGUUCAGCAUCGAGAACAUCCUCUCCAGCCCGGCAGGGAGAAGCCCCCCGCUCCUGGUGCCCUUGUGCCUCCAGGGGCUCCUGGACUGUGCCCCCGGGCGGCUGUGYGAGCUCGAGGGGGUCGCAGCCGGCCCCCUGCGCGAGGAGGAUGAYGAGGAGGAAGAGCUGGAAGCUGCAGGUUGCGGCUGCUGCUGCUGUUCGCACGUGAGCGCCCGUUCCCUGCAGGACUCGCCGAGCUGGCUGGCCGCCCGGCUGCCCUGGCCCGUGCGGCUGCUGCGCUCCGCGGCCGGCGCCGGCACGAGGCCGCGGGGCGGCCCGGGCGAGCGGCAGGGCUUGCAGCAGGCGCAGCGGCGCACGCGGCGCCAUCGCACCAUCUUCACCGAGGAGCAGCUGCGGGCCCUGGAGACGCUUUUCCACCAGAACCAGUACCCAGACGUCAUCACCAGGGAGCACCUCGCAAACCGCAUUCACUUGAAGGAGGAGAGGGUAGAGGUUUGGUUUAAAAAUCGCCGGGCCAAGUGGCGGCAUCAGAAGAGGGYGACAGCUUCAGCUCUGCUCCUCCAAGGCCCCAUGCAGUCCCCAGAGGAGAGCUGCUAG